AUAUGGCCCUCCUCCAAGAAAAUACACUCCUCUCUCUCCUCUUCCUCCUUUGCAUGGCCAUGUCUGUCUCUUCACACAACAGGCCUUACACGACUCCGGACGUCCCUCGCUUGACAGAUUUAUUCCCUCUUGUCUCAAUCGAUCGAGGGCUCUCUAAGUUCUUUGGAGCUCAAAACAUUCAGCUGCUAAAUAAUGGUUCAUACGCCAACCUUGCUCUCGACAAGUCCUCAGGGUCCGGUUUGGUUUCGCGAAGCAAAUACCAUUACGGAUUCUUCAGUGCCGCAAUCAAGCUUCCUGCUGGUCUUUCAUCUGGUGUUGUGUUGGCCUUCUAUUUGUCUAAUGCAGAUACAUUCCCGCACAGCCACGACGAGAUAGACAUCGAGUUGCUCGGUCAUGAUAAGAGAAACGACUGGGUCCUCCAAACAAACAUAUACUCCAAUGGCAGUGUAAGCACUGGGAGAGAAGAGAAGUUCUAUUUCUGGUUCGAUCCCACCCAAGAGCACCAUUACUACAGCAUCAUAUGGAACAGCCAUCAUAUUGUGUUUUUUGUGGAUAACAUACCAGUGAGAGAAUUCCCCUCAAGUGGUGCCUUCUCUUCCACAUACCCAUCAAAGCCGAUGUCUGUGUAUGCAACCAUAUGGGAUGGGUCACAGUGGGCAACUCAUGGAGGCAAAUACCCUGUGAACUACAAGUAUGCACCAUUCGUGGUCUCAUUAGCAGAGAUGGAAAUGGUGGGUUGUGUCUCAGAUCCGAGACAACAGCCACUGAGCUCGUGUUCCAGCAAGAGCCCAUCAUCAAGCUCAGACCCAGUGGAGGGUCAGGAUUUUGCCGCCCUGUCUCAGCAGCAGAUCAUGGCCAUGCAUUGGGCCAGGAGCAAGCUCAUGUUCUAUUCCUAUUGUAAAGACACUUCCAGGUUUAAGGUGAUGCCACCAGAAUGCAAGUAAAUACUUCUUCUAGAUUUUUUUCCUUUUCUGAUUUUUUUUUGUUUAUUUAUACCCCUAGAAAUAAGGGUCGAUGACACUCUACCUAUUUGUUUUUGGCCUAUAAUUCCAUUAUAUGUCUAUACAUAUUGACGCUGUCCUGUGAAGCCCUGUUUGUCUGGGUAAACAAAAGAUUUUUAUGUUCAUUGUAGAUCUUCAUUUC